CGUCGUCUCGCAAGCUUGCUGUUCAGUGAGUGUCAGUGAGGCGAGCAAACAUGGCGGAACCCCUUGGCGAGCCGCAUUGAUUCUCUCCAGCACGUCGUCGGAUGUCCCCUUUUUCCGUCGGUAAAAUCUGAUCUACUCGACCCAUAAAUCCCUUUCCCAUCAAACAACAAGCUCUCAUCUACCGCUCACUGGCUGCAGCGCUCGGAAGCCCCGCUGUUCGUUUGUUUAGGACGUUGCUAACGGGCAGUACCCAAUCAACGUCUCGUGAGGGUGGGGCUUCCGGCACGUCAAGGUUCACAGUUGGAAGUACAGUGAAGCAAACGCUUAGUUGGACAAUAUUGCUUUGACUGCAGUACACGAUGCUAUACUGACCAAGACAUUAUUCAUUCACUAAAUUUGUAUGUAUGCCUGGAGUGUUGGAGUUCCUGAGGAUUGCCCUUUUACACGUUUGGAAAAUUUGACCCAUUAGCAUUUGCUACAGCUGUGGACAGUCUAAAUGAUGACCUCUCAAAGCCAUUCAGAAUAUAGCUGAUGCAGAAAACUAAAUAAGCUGAAGAGUCCAUAACGUUUGAAGUCCUGAGAGAACUAUUGAGGUUCACACUACACUAUAUGGCAUCAUUUGAAACUGGGAUUUACAUAUCAAUAAACCAAAACCUGCAACCCAUUCUAAAAGAUGAAAGACUUAACAAUCCAGAUGGACUUUCCGGUCGAGAUCAGUCGAUUGAGUUGCUGACCCCUUCAAGAGUCAAUCACAUGCCCAGUACUGUUGAUAUAAGCACAGCAUUGCCUUCUCAAGUCCAGCCCAGUACACCAAUGGAUCUUCGCCUUGACCAUCAAUUUCCAGUGCCAGCUGCUGACCCCAAUGUACGAGAACAGCAACUACAACAAGAACUCAUUGCUCUGAAACAAAAACAGCAAAUCCAACGUCAGCUUCUAAUAGCAGAAUUUCAGAGACAACAUGAGCAGCUCUCACGACAACAUGAAGCCCAACUGCAAGAGCACAUAAAGCACCAGCAGGACUUGCUUGCAUUGAAGCACCAACAAGAAAUUUUGGAACAACAGCGUAAACUAGAGCAGCAUCGUCAGGAGCAGGAGAUGGAGAAACAACACCGAGAACAGAAACUCAUGCUGCUAAAGAAUAAAGAGAAAGGAAAAGAAAGUGCAGUAGCAAGUACAGAAGUGAAAUUGAGACUUCAGGAGUUUGUCCUGAAUAAAAAGAAAGCUGCAGCACACAGGGCAAUAAAUCAUUCCAUUCCAAAUGACCCAAGAUUUUGGUACGGAAAAACUCAGCAUGGCUCAUUAGACCAGAGUUCGCCACCUCAAAGCAGCAUAUCUGCCUCAUACAAUCAUCCGAUGCUUGUCAUGUACGAUCACAAAGAUGACUUUCCGCUCAGAAAAACAGCAUCUGAGCCAAACUUAAAGGUACGCUCCAGAUUAAAACAGAAAGUGGCAGAGAGAAGAAGUAGCCCUUUACUUCGAAGAAAAGAUGGCAGCGCCAUAACCACACUUAAAAAGAGACCCAUGGAUGUUCCAGGGCGACAAGAACUGUACACAGUACUCCAAAAGUGGCCUUACCGACGUCCUGUACAACCUCAACAUGACAGCCCAACUCCUAUACUCAAUGGUCUGAGCAAUGAAGAUUCAGCUUGUAACAGUGCCCCUGGAUCUGGCCCAAGCUCCCCCAAUAAUAGCUCCAACAACAUCACUACAGAAAAUGGGAUUGCAGGAUCGGCAACCAACAUGCCAACCGAGUCCACGAUGCCUCACAAACUGGUUACUCGAGAUGGUUCAGUGACCCAAUUGCCUCUGUAUACUUCACCAUCUUUGCCCAACAUAACUCUAGGUCUGCCAGCUACUGGUCCCUCCAGUGGAGCCUCUGGGCAAGCAGAAGGUGAAAGAGUGGGCAUGCAAGGACUCCCAUUGAACACUCCAUUUAUUGCUGGUACUCAUCUGCCACAUUACAUUGCCACGUUGGAUAAAGAUGGCAGUAGCGGGCAUACACCUCUCUUGCAGCAUAUGGUCUUAUUGGAUCAAUCUACACCACAGAGUCCACUCAUAACUGGAUUGGGAGCGUUACCCAUUCACCCGCAAUCACUUGUUGGCCCUGACAGAGUUUCGCCUUCCAUACACAAGCUUAGACAGCACCGUCCAUUAGGGAGGACUCAGUCAGCACCGUUGCCACAGAAUGCACAGGCCUUACAACAGCUGGUCAUACAGCAGCAACAUCAGCAGUUCCUGGAGAAACACAAACAGCAGUUCCAGCAACAACAGAUUCACAUUAACAAGUUGAUGCCAAAGCCUAGCGAGCAGCCCAGGCAACAUGAAAGUCACCCUGAAGAAACUGAAGAGGAGCUCCGAGAACAUCAGGCCAUGCCAGAAGAACCAUACUCAGACAGAAGUGUCAAUCAGAGUGAGUCUACAAUUAUGAACAAGGUGGUACAGGUCAAACAAGAGCCAAUUGAAAGUGAUGAGGAAGAGGACGAGCAGCGAGAACAGCUGGAGCAAAGGAAGAGGCAGGCAGAGCAGCAGCAGGAACUACUCUUCAGACAGCAAGCACUUCUUCUGGAACAGCAACGCAUUCAUCAGCUUCGCAAUUACCAAGCAUCCAUGGAAGCUGCAGGGAUCCCAGUAUCAUACAGCGGGCACCGUCCACUCUCCCGAGCGCAAUCAUCACCUGCUUCUGCCACCUUUCCUAUCUCUGUUCAAGAACCACCCAGUAAACCUCAGUUCACUACAGGUCUUGUAUAUGAUACACUGAUGCUAAAACAUCAUUGUACCUGUGGAAAUACAAACAGCCAUCCAGAACAUGCUGGCAGAAUCCAGAGUAUCUGGUCUCGGCUCCAAGAGACAGGCCUGCGCAGCAAAUGUGAGUGUAUCAGAGGAAGAAAAGCAUCUCUGGAGGAACUACAGGUCGUCCAUUCGGAGCAGCAUGCAUUACUUUAUGGCACAAACCCACUGAACAGACAGAAGCUUGACAGUAAGAAACUGCUAGGUUCCGUCACUCCAAUGUUUGUUAUGCUUCCUUGUGGCGGUCUUGGAGUUGACAGUGAUACAAUUUGGAAUGAGAUACAUUCAUCCAGUGCUGCACGCUUAGCAGUGGGAUGUGUGAUUGAACUUGUUUUCAAAGUGGCGACUAAGGAAUUAAAGAAUGGAUUUGCAGUUGUAAGGCCUCCUGGACACCAUGCAGAAGAGAGCACACCAAUGGGAUUCUGCUACUUCAAUUCUGUGGCCAUUGCUACUAAACUCCUCCAGCAGAGGUUGAAUGUCAGCAAAAUCCUUAUAGUGGACUGGGACGUGCACCAUGGCAAUGGAACACAGCAGGCAUUCUACAGUGACCCCAACGUGUUGUACAUUUCAUUGCAUCGCUAUGAUGAUGGCAACUUCUUCCCUGGUAGUGGAGCCCCAGAUGAGGUUGGGACCGGUGCAGGAAUUGGAUUUAAUCUCAACAUGGCCUGGACUGGAGGUCUGGAUCCACCAAUGGGAGAUGCUGAAUAUUUGACUGCAUUUAGGACAGUAGUGAUGCCCAUUGCUAAUGAGUUUGCCCCUGAUAUGGUACUUGUAUCCUCUGGAUUUGAUGCAGUGGAAGGACACCCUGCCCCUCUUGGAGGUUACAAAGUCUCCGCGAAGUGUUUUGGCUACCUUACCAAACAGCUGAUGGGUCUGGCUGGAGGCCGUGUCGUGCUAGCCCUGGAAGGGGGCCAUGAUCUCACUGCCAUUUGUGAUGCCUCAGAAGCAUGUGUUUCUGCUUUACUUGGAAAUGAGCUUGAGCCAUUCACACAAGAAGUGUUGCAGCAAAGACCAAAUCCCAAUGCUGUUCGUUCCAUUGAAAAUGUAAUCGAAAUACAAAGUAAAUACUGGAAGUCGUUACAGCGCUUUUCCUCAACUGUGGGCUAUUCACUGAUAGAGGCCCAGAAGUGUGAUAAGGAAGAAGCUGACACAGUGACAGCUAUGGCUUCAUUGUCAAUGGGGGUUAAACAAGGAUCUAAUGCUGAGAAGAGGCCAGAUGAUGAGCCCAUGGAGGAAGAGCCACCGAUGUAGUUACCAGCUGGAGUCCUGUCUUUUGCACACAUUAUCUUUAUUUCUCUAACUCUGCCAAGAUUUCAUUCUGUAUCUCCUGUGUCCUGCUGUGGUGUUCUUCCAGAAUCCAAGGACAACUGGGCAAAAUGCUGGCAAUAAAAAAAGUAAAAGAUUUUUUUACCUCUCUGUCCAUUCCUGAAAUAGGCUUUGGGACAGCCAGCAUUUACUUUGGCAGAGUCACCAAGGAGCUGUAAUCUCAAAGCUCUGCUCUGAGUUUACCUACUUAAAAGUUCUCCUGUCUCAGGCAGUCAACCACUGUUUCUAAUGUUCUUGUCCUUUAGCAAAGGAUUUAAUGCCACCUACAAGUCCGGAUGCGUUGAUUGUAAUCUCAACAAAAUCAUGUGACAUACAGUAAUUAUUCAGAGAACAUUUACAGUGUGGGAAGAAAGACUAUACCAGAAUGGAAGAGAACCAAGAGGGUGUUUUCUAAGAAUCUCUAUGAAGACAUAAGCGUUUGUGCCUUUUUAUCAACAGAUGGUUGCUGAUUUUGAAUUGAGGAACAAUGCCUUAAAAGUGUGGAAAUGAUUCCUCCAUUGUUAUGUGGAAAAAUGGUGGUGAAGAAACCUUGUGUUUCCUGGCAUGCGUGCAAAAAAAACAAAUCUGAGAUUCAGUCUUUGCCUGGAUUUUCAUACCCUAUUGGAGUACCAUUUUUGCUGUUUUUCCAAACAAAUCCUAACCUAUUUUAAGGUAGUUGCCAGCCCAGAGUGGCAGAUAUACUGUUGGAAAUUGUCAGGUUAUCAUUAAAACCUGCUUUAAUUCUUAUGCUGGGUUAUAUAACAGAGUAGUAUAGGGAAUCAACCAAUAACAAAGCAUGUGUUAGGUUGAAUUGCAACAGAUAAACGUUUAAAGAUUGGAAUGUUGCUCAAAAGCAUGAUGCAGGAUUUUUUUCCAAACUUCCACUUCGGUGGUCCUCAUUUCUAAUAGAAACUGAAAACAUAAACCAAUAAUAAUCUGUUAUCCAUUAGACAACAAGAGGCUUUUUGAUGAUAAGACCAGGUAAUUUGUUAAUAGUACAGGAGAUAAUCAUGUACAAAUGUUUUCUUAGAUCAAGUUUGGUUUUAUUAGAUAGGCACUUACAGGAAAACGAUGGAUUGUGGAUACGUAGAGGAGUACCUCACGAUGAAUGUUUGUGGUCGGCCAACAUGUUUGAGUCACUUGGCAACUACCUUAAUCAUUGUUUUUUUUUAAUUUGUGUUUAUUUUUACUCCUGGUAAACCAUUUAACAAAAUAAUAUCUACUUUUAUAUAAAGAAAUCCUUACAAGUUUUUAAACCAUGUUUCAUAAGACCUAAUAACUUGUUUUUUUAAAUUACUUUUUUGGUAAGAAUUCCUGUUACCUUUCCCACUUCUGAAAUUCUUCUGUUCUCUUCAUGACUUGUGAUUAGACCUUGGUUCCAGUCUAAUUUUAAUUUUCCUUUUUUUUUCCUACAUGGAAUGUAGCUUUCUGACGGCUUAAAGAGUGUACUGGAGAUUUUCAGGAGAAAGUAAUUUGAGUGAGGGAUCUUGUUCAAACUUUGUGUAAUGAUUCCAGUUGGUGUAUAUUACUAUAUGAUCUGUUCUAAGUAGAUUUAUAAAUGAAGUCUUGUAAGAAUAGUAUUGCAAGGUGAUAUCAUACCCAUUUAAAUAUGAGUAAUACUACAGUGAUACUAUAUUUGAUAUUUGUAACUGGUUGCACUGCAGAAGGCUACCGUUUGCUAAGGGGGAAGUUAGCAUUAAGGUUUUCAGUUGCUCCACUCUGAAACCAAGGAAGGAUGGUUGUUAUUUGGAUUUUCUCCAAAGACUGACUGUUUUUACAGUAUGUUCUGUGAGCUGUGUUUAUCAGCUAUUGACAGGGGUGGAAAGUGCUUGGUCCUGGGCCCAUGUUUGAUUCCAUUCUGCAGGUGAUUGGGUUGGCCCCAGAAUGUGACUAAUGCUGAUUGAAGCCUUGGCUGUGAAACAGCAUUAUCUCUACAGUGUGGAAGAUGCACUGUCCUGCCAUCUGUUAAUGUACACAAGCACGCUCACUCUGGAAUUUAUGGGACAACUGACAUUGGAGGUCAUUAACUAGUAACUUUUUUCUCUGAGUAAAUGGUUUUCAUUCCUCCUUUUGUAAUGGUUGCUUGAAGCUUAAUGAAUUUAGCGCUGUGAGGAGUAUGUGGAGCAUGUGUGUGUGUGUGAGAUGUUUGGCAACACUGAAUAAGGGCACUACUGUAUUUUUGUUUUAAAACAGAUUUACACAACAUAAAAUAUAACCAGCUGUAAUCUUUAAGACAGUGUUCCACACUUUCUAUAGGAUUAUGUAUGUUUGAUUGCAAAGCAAUUAACACAUCAAUUCUGUGACUUUUAAGAAACUGUUUGCAUCUACUCUUGAUGUUAAACAUUCCUUUAAAUAAGUGGGAGUUAUGUAUUCAUUCCUUCUUUUGAUAAGGUGAAUUUAAACAUUGUUUUAAGAGGGCCCAUUGUUUGUUUUCUUUUAAGGGGCAUUGAACUGUUUUUUUCAUAUGGAAGAUAGUGAGCUUGCAUGUGCCACAAGCAGAGAUACCAUUUGUUCUGUACAGGUAUGCACGCAAUUUGCGAAGUUAUUUCCAGGGCAGCUUACCGAGUUUCGCUUUCUUUCUUCAUGGCAUCUGAAGAUGAGGUUUUGACUUUUUUUCUGAUGAAUAUAGUAGUAGACCUCAGAAAGAGAUGCCUCUGUCUUAUUGAAAUAUCUUCAAGUAUCAGUCUCUUUAAUACUGUUAUAACAUGAUACUUAAAUUUGACAAAAAAUAAUCUAGCACUUGUGUCAUUACCAGUAGAAUAUUGCAUAACCUGCAUAUAAAAUUUGAAGAACACACAGCAAAAAAAUGGUGAAACUGUUAACUGCCUGUGUCUUCUUGGGGCCAACCCUUUUGAGACUAGCAUUUUUUUUCUGGACUAAGUAUUUAAGAUCAUAAACAGUUAACCUUUCAACGCAGCUGUUCUUUAUCUCUGCCACCAUAAAUUGUGUAGCAGUAAUCCACUUAGCAGUUGUGUAUUGUGAUCGAUGUGGAUGAAUAUUUACUAAGAGAGGUUUUUUGGGGGCGGUAUUGUAGUUAUGAAGCAGGAGCGAUGGCUACCUGUCAGCCUCACUUUCCUCCGUGUUUUGAUAUUGACUGCAAAGUAUCACGUUACGGUGUAUUACAUUUUGUGCUCCAUAGUGGAGGCGCCUUUUGUUUUCUUUUCCAGUUUGAGGGGAUGAAAAAUGAGUGAGAUGGAUUUUAAAGUUUGAUCACCCAAAAACUUUUAUUUCAGGUAUGUAGUAAUGGAAGUUGUAAUUAUAUUUUAACCUUCUUUGUACCUAUCCACAUUCAAAAUGACACCACCAUUGUUAUCAGUACCAGUGGACUGAUUUUCUGUAUUUUAGCCACAAUCAAUUAUUGUAUGGACCUACUUUAUUGGUGAUAGCCUUAUUGUGGUAGCUUUUGAUGGUCUUCAUUUGCCUGUUGAAAUGGGUCAGACUCUCAGACUGACCAACGGUGUAUCUCCUUGACAGUACAGACUUCAUUUUUGACUUUAUUAGGAGUCCAGUAUUUUGUACCACAUUAUGACAACUUGCUAUUGUGGUGUAAAUAAAACUAAUUACAACAUUA